AUGGCGAAGCAAGAAAGCAUAGAGCCGUGCAAGAAAGAAGCCUGCUACAUUCAAGCAUGUCUCUCCAAGAACAACUUCCUCCCUCAAAAGUGCAUUACAGUCAUUGAAUUGCUGCAGUCUUGCUGCGAGAAACACAAUUACAAUUCGACUCACUGUGCUUCGCUCUCUGGUCUUUUGAAGCAAAAGCCGAAGUAG